UGUUCUUAAAAAUACAUUAACCUUAUUAAAAAGUCGGUGCUUCUUUGAAAUUGAUUAUUUUAUCAAUAAUAUUUGGGUUUAUAUCGCAAAAAAAUGACGGAAAAUAAAACGAGCGAAUGGAAAGAUGCUGAAGUUGAAAUUGAGUACGUACGACCUCGGUCUCAAAUUGGUUUAUUUGGAGCAGUGGCAUUUGGCAUGGGGUCAAUGAUUGGCUCAGGAAUAUUCAUAUCUCCAAAGGGGGCUCUUCAAAAUGCAGGCUCACCUGGGAUGAGUCUGGUAAUGUGGGCUUUGUGUGGAAUUCUGUCUCUGUUGAUGGGACUUGUCUACGGAGAACUUGGAACACUUGUGCCGCUAUCAGGAGGAGAUUAUACAUAUAUCAGAAAAGGCUUGGGAAGUGUACCUGCAUUUCUUGCAGUUUGGAUAUAUACACUAUUUGGAAGUACAGGCUCUAUGGCAGUAUUGUCUUUAGUAUUUGCUGAUUAUCUACUUGCAUUGCUGUUUGGGUCAUGUCAACCACCGGAUAUAAUGCGGCAGAUCAUUGCUGCAUUGAUGAUAAUUACACUAUGCAUAACAAAUGUAAUCAGCGUAACAUUUGGUGCAUAUACACAAAUCAUUUGCACAGUUGCUAAAACAUUAGCUCUUAUUGUAAUUUCCAUCGGCGGAAUCGUAUUCUUAUGUGAAGGAUCUGUAGAAAAUUUACAAAAUAUGUUCAAGGACUCGUCAACUGAUGUUACCGGUUACUCACUGGCUAUAUACAGCUGUAUGUUUGCUUACCAUGGAUACAGUCGUAUAGGAGAAAUUGCCGAAGAACUGGAAAAUCCAAAACAAAACAUUCCAAGGGCUGUUAUCAUUUCUGUUAUAAUAGUUACAAUGGUAUAUGUAAUAACCAAUUUGUCAUAUUUUGUAUUGUUACCAAAGGAUGAAUUUCUCCACUCAUCUGCUGUAGCAUAUGACUGGGGAUUAAAAGGGAUUGCUCCGGUGGCCUUCCUUAUUCCCUUAAGUGUAAUGUGUUCUGUUUACGGCGCUAGUAACGGAAACGGAUUUAGUACUGGAAGAGUAAUGUUUUCUGCUGCGCGCGCAGGACAUUUUCCGGAAGUAAUGUCUUUUCUUCAUGUUCAGACAUCGGUACCUGUUGUCUCAAUUGUUGUUAUGCACGCCAUCAGUUUAAUAAUGCUUGCUGCAGGAGAUAUUAGCGUACUCAUUAACUUUCUAAGUUUUGUUACGUUUAUUGUUGUUUUAAUGACAACAAUGGCUCUACUACGUUUACGGUAUGAAAUGCACAAAAAUAAGGUACAACACGACGGUUUUAAAACGCCAAUCAUUAUUCCUAUAGUGACAGCACUAAUUUGCAUAUUCAUGAUUGUCUCUCCUCUGGUAAAUAAUCCAAGGAUAGAAUUUUUGUAUGGAUCUGGUAUUGUUAUAUUUGGACUUAUAAUUUAUGUGCCUUUGGUUCACUUCCAGUUGAGCGUUCCUGGUGUUGGCAGUUGCACGACAUUCUUACAACUUCUUUGUAAUGUUUCUCCCACACAAAAGGUUGACUGAAGAGAUACUUAUGAAGUUAAAAUGGGUUAAUGUAAAUCUGAGUUUCAAAAUCCACUUCAUUACUAUUGAACAAUAUCCAAGGCAUGCUCUUUGUAAGAAUGAUUUCAGAAACAAGCAAUUAUAGCGCCAUAAUAUUUAUCUAAUUUAUACUACACCCUUUUCAUGGUAAAUACGUUCAAAGGUGUGCGACGAAGUUUGCUUCGAAAGUGUAGAUCUAGAAUGUAUUUGUGUCCAGGCUAAAUGUACACUGUAUAUCUUUUGCUAAUAUACUGCAUAUUUCAUAAGGUUUUCCGAAAUACUAACAAGUCUGAAAAAGAUCUUGUUGUUUUGUUAAAAUAUUGCAAUACUUAGCACUUAUAUUGCUAUUUAUGUUUCAUUGAACCUAUAGCAAAGUAUUGGCUAGAAACAAUGUCAUGAAACGUGUUACGCUUAAAUGAAUUGUUCGUACUUAAAAUAUUGGUAUUAAAAUUUUGAAAAUGUUUUAUCUUUUAAUAUCAAAUGGCAAACUGUGACCCAGCAUUUUUAUUUGUUUUAUUAGACCUCACAUUGAAAGGCCAACUUGAUAACAGAUGAAAGAUUAAAAACACACACCCAAUUAAAUAGUUAACGCCAUGAUAUAAGUUCUAUGUCAAGGGCUCUCUAUAAACAAAGGACGGGAGAGAAAAUAAUAAUGUCUGCAGACUUGUGACACAGUUUGUGUUUUAGCACCAAACAGAAGCAUCAUUAUACGGUUUCUGAUAGCGCACUUCAACUGUCUCGGUCUUUACAUGGAGGCAUUACUCCCAUUGUAAUGAUGACCCUGCUAUAUUUUCACGAAGGGGAUAAUGACAGCCCUGUUUAAAGGUGGAUAAUCAGAUUUUGGCCAUGUAACGGAUUUGUUCGAAACUUUAGCAUCUGAUCAUUUACACUCAUUUAUGUUCACUUAACACUUAAUACAAAUUAGAUUUUCACUGGAGGUAUUUUUAAAAUUUCAUUUUCCUAUCCUGGUUGCCCAACCAAGAUAGAGUUAUUUUAUCAUAAGUAUAAAUUUGAUAAACAUACUUUGCCUAAGGAAAUGCAUAAAUAGUAGACAUAUUGUAAUAUAUUUGUAAAAAAGUUGCAUUAAAAAUUAUGUAUCUAGAUGGAAUUCAUUAGAAACGCAAGUUUGAAAAAUUAUUAUUACCUCCCUUUGCCUAUCUUGGUUGCGCAACCAAGAUAGAUUUGAAAUAAAUGAAUUCAGAAGCUACACACAGCUUUUAAACUUGCAUUUUGGUUCAGAUUGUUCAAUAAUUGAUAUGUCUAUCAAAUGCAAAUGUAAAACUAGACAUUGUAUCGAAAUAAAAAGAAAUACCCAGCUUUUUAUACACUUUCAUAUUA